UGUCCACAUCCUACUAAAAAGACAAUUAACGAAAUGGCUGACGUCCCACCUACUCCACCAAAUAAAGGCGGCUGGAAAGACUUUGUUGCCGGCAAUUUUGCCGGAAUGUCACAAGUCAUUGUUGGGCAGCCUUUAGAUACAAUUAAGGUUCGACUUCAAGUAGAAUCUACCAGAUUCAAGGGUCCUAUGGAUUGUUUCAUGCAAACCGUAAAAAAUGAAGGCUUUUUUGCCUUAUAUAAAGGAAUGGCUGCUCCAUUAGUCGGCAUAGGUGCCGUAAACGCUUUACUAUUUGCAACUUAUUCACGAUUAAAAUCUAUCCAGGCCACGUCUCUUAAUGAACAAUUAGUUCUUCAUAAGAUAGCAAUAGCUGGCGCAGGUGCAGGAUUUAUUAACAGCGUGCUUUCGUCACCUGUGGAAUUGCUCAAAAUUAAAAUGCAAGCGCAGUAUGGAAGUUCUAAGGCGAAGAUUGGAACUGGUGAACUUAUUUAUAAAGGACCUAUUGAUUGUGCAAGACAUUUGAUAAGUGAAUUUGGUAUUCGUAACGGUUUGUUUCGCGGGUUUUGGGCAACCGUUGCACGUGAAAUACCUGCAUAUGCAGGAUUUUAUUCCGGAUUUGAAUAUUUCAAAAGAAAGUUAACUCCGGAAGGAAGUAGUCCUGAUAGCUUACCUCCAAGUAAAUUAAUGCUUGCUGGUUCUUUUGGAGGAUUCUCUUAUUGGUUAUGUUGUUAUCCACUUGAUGUUGUAAAAUCUAAAGUGCAAAAUAUGAAAAACCCACCCAAAGGGUUUUUUUAUGUUUUUACAACCAUAAGUUCAAUAUAUAAAACCGAGGGUGCAAGAGCAUUUACUCGAGGUAUUACUCCAACAAUCUUGAGGAGUUUACCUGCGGCAGGUUCAACCUUUACCGUUUACGAAUUAACAAUGAGAAUGCUCGAAAAAGUUUAA